AUGAGAGCAGAUGCAAACAUGGAAGAAUACCUACGAAACGCCCAGAUUCCCGAGUACUCUGAUGAGGAAGAUCCGGGUAGCGCACCGCUUGAAGAGCUUGGCGACAUCUCAGCAGAGGAUACCAGCGUCGAGGACGGCGAUAACAAUGCCGGCGACCAGCAAGAGGAAGCUGAAUUCGACCCCCUCGCAGCCGGCCUGAAGGAAAUCUCUAAUCUGGGCAAAUUCACCGUCAGCAGCCACAAACAAGGCAACGGCGUCGACCAACUGCGCAACGACAGCUUAAAGACUUAUUGGCAGUCCGACGGCCCUCAGCCUCACAAAUUGACCGUUUACUUUAUCAAACGCGUUGGGAUCAGGGAGAUCCGCUUCUAUGUUGACUAUAACGAGGAUGAGUCUUACACGCCAACCAAAAUCAUCUUCAAGUCAGGUACCAGCGAGAACAACCUCAUUCAGUUCGCGCAGAUGGAGCUCUCUGCACCUGUUGGGUGGCAGCAAGUUCCCAUCGCCGGCUCGGGUGGCGGCCCUGACGGCAACACCCUGGUUUCGUAUGUGUUCCAAAUGCAGAUACUCGAGAACCACCAGAAUGGAAAGGACACACAUCUCCGUUCCAUUAAGAUUUACGCGGCGGACACCGAUGGUGCUGGUGUUAACCUUGACCGGGAGGUGGACAGAGUCGCCGUCGCAGUAGAUACUUCCAAUGAAGAGUCGGCGGAAGAGCCAGCUGACCCCUGGGAUAUUUCAGUCCUGGAAGCAGGCCUUCCUGUCCCUGAUUUCAUGAAGGAGCCGGAGAUUCGGUAA